UUUUUUUAUUUUUCAUUUAACAUUUAUAUGGACAUGAGAGGCCUAAAAAUUACGCGUAGAAUGUCAUUUCCUGUCAUUUCCUGUCGUCUGCAACUGUAUCAAGCAUGAGAGAAGCAAAUGAUAACGCAGCAGGAUAUGAUGGAUUUAAACUGGAUUUGAUAAAUAACAGAACCAUACAGACUAUUUACGAAGUUGCCGAAACUGCAAAGCUAUUGUUCAAUGCUCACAAAGAUUAUUUGAACGAAAAUGCCUUGAUCAAAACUGUGCAGUACUUGACUGAACAAACAUAUGAGGAAUAUUACAGACUUGCAGCCAGCAUUCUUCUGAUAGCUCUCCUCUACAUUUGCAUAAGAGUCAUAAAAAGAAAACCAACUGAAGCAGUAAAGGAGCAAGAAUGUAUUUCUGCACCAUCAACCCCAUAUUCUCUGCCAUUUCCAUAUCAUUGGAAUGUUUUUGAUCUAGCAAAGACAGCAUAUGAACCGGGUCAUUCAGAGGCCUGCGUGAGCCUCAUUGAGAGACUGCACUACGAUGUCAACUCUGUCAUACCAUCCACCGGCCUCACUCUAUUCCUGUGUGCCUGCCUUAGUGGUGAAAAGAAACUAAUAAAAUUCAUGCUGAAAAGAGGGGCUGACAUCAAGCGAACCACAAAUGGCGGCGACAGUGCAUUAUAUCUUGCUACAUUUGGAGUCUUAAGCUCCAGUCAGCCAGACAUAUCAGUUCUGGAAGAGAUCAUUUAUGCAGGUUGUGAUGUGAAUGCGGCCAAUCAUGCAGGCUAUACUCCUCUUCAUAGGGCAGCAGGGCAGGGACACUUGCAGAUCAUACAGCUCCUUCUCAAACAUGGUGCUGAUCCAUGCAGACCAAGUGCUUCUGGCAUUUAUCCCAUUGACAGUGCAACAAAUGCAGGUCACCUGGAUGCGGCCAGGCUAUUGGAGAUUUAUCUGCCCAAUCCCCAUGUGUGGGACAUAGUGGACCAUCACACGCCCCCACACAUAUCAUUUGGACUUCAAAGUCCAGAGAGAAAACACCUGAUUGAAUCCACUAGAAGGAUUAUGUCACCGAAAAUGUUGUGAAACGUCCACUUUUCAAAAUAUUAUUAAUUGACAUUUAUAUUUCUAUAUUUUGUGUUUUUGUUUUUUUUAUUCCCCGCAAUAGGCGGAGGGAUAUUGUUUUUGUGUUGUCCGUCUUUUCGUCCGUCUUUCUGUCCGUCCGGAGCCAUAUCUUGGAAGUGCUUUGGCGGAUUUCAUUGAAACUUGGUAUGAGUAUUUAUAUGGAUAAGAGCAUGAUGCACGCCAAAUGGCAUUGUACACCAUUUGUUAAUAACAGAGUUAUGGCCCUUUGUAUCUUGAAAAAUUGCUUUUUUUAGUGUCAAAUGUAACACUUUUGUGUCCAGAAGCAUAUUGGCGGGGUAUAUCAAUUCAACGAAUUUGCUUGUUUUAAACUUAAAACUGAUACCUCAACAUCCUAUUUAUAGCCACACAUUUCAAGUGCUUAAGCCUUAACAUAUAUGACAACUUAAUUUGUUUUUGGAUUUUGAACAGGUUGAUGUAAGUUUUGAAAACAUAUUUGUUGUUGUUUCAGUUAGGUGUGUCUCUUGUUUUUUUAAAGCUCAACUGUGAUCUUGGUAAUAGUAAAAAAGCUCUUUUAGUUAAAUUGUGAUAUUCUUAAAUUGUUGUGACUAUGUAUGGCUCUAUGCAUAAUUGUAUGUUGUUUUGAUCUUCAAUGUGAAUUGAUCAAAAAAUUUAAAUGGUGUUCAACACUAUUUUGUGACACUGUUAAAGUUGAAAUAUCAAUAACCCACCAAUAAUGUUAUAACAAAAAGAAGGAACUGGCAUUUUGAAAAAUGAACUGUUUUAAUGUACUCUGUCUCCCCCAAUUCAAACUUAAAAAAAAAACAUUUCACAAAAUGCCACACGCAAACAUCCAUUUUCUGCGCCUGUGGUUCACAUGGAAAUUAAUUUACUGGGGGCUAAUUAAUUUGUUGAAUGUAUGAUUAUAUCUGUUAAGAUUCCUUUAAGUAAUGCAAAUAUUAAUUUGAACAUUUGCAAAUCUUUAAAACAGGAUGCUACACAAUUGAAUUGCUUACAGUGUUUAAGUUCAGAAUUGCAUGUCAUAGUUUGUAUUGAUAUUUGAACAUGUUCGAAGAAAUAGUAACAUGAAUAUUUAAUCUGAUUUUCUAUGUUAAGAUUUCAUUUGUUGUUCGUAGCUAUAAUUUCUUGUACAUUUAUAUUUGAAGUUUAUACUUGCUCUAAGCAAAUCUGUGAUAUUGUUGUUUGUUGUAAUUUGAAGUUAAUACUUGCUCUAAGCAAAUCUGUGAUAUUGUUGUUUGUUGUAAUUUGAAGUUAAUACUUGCUCUAAGCAAAUCUGUGAUAUUGUUGUUGGUCGUAAUUUGAAGUUAAUACUUGCUCUAUGCAUAGGUGUGAUAUUGUUAACUUAUUGUUUAGAACUACUUGUUAUGUUGUUAACUGAUUUGGUAUACGUUCUUUGACAAUUUUCAGUUGUCUUUACAUAAGUAAACAAAAUAUCAUUCCAGCUCAAAGCCUUUCUGUUGUCCUGUUCUGCUUAUAUCAAAGCUAUACAUUAAUUUGGUUAAGUAAUUUUCAAUGAUGAAUGAUUAUUUCAGGCAUUUUUCAAAUCCAGAAUUUCCAAUAUAUACACUGUAUACACAUAUAUGGGGGCAAUUUAAAACCGGUAAUAAUAUAUCAGGAAUCAACAUGACUUUUAUAAAAACUGAAUACAACAUUAAUACUGCAAGUAAUAUAAAGUGUAGCUUAGCUUUUACACCAAAGUAAAGAAAGUGCCAUCAAGUGGUAACUAUUGUACUUCAAGAAGACCAGCUUUUGGUUUUACAAACACACGUUUGAAAUGUGUUAUAGGUUAAUGUGAUUGUUUAAGUGUGUAUAUUAUAUUUUGUUGCUCUAAGCUAUUCUGUGAUCUUGUUCAGAGUUGUUUCAUGUUAAUAUUUUCUCCAAGCUAAUCUGCGAUACUGUUGAAUUGGUAUUGGACGAAUUGUUAUAAGUUGCGUGCCAAUGUUUUUGUUGUCUUCAACGUGUUUUCAAGUUAAUAUAUUCCAUUGUUGUUCAAUAGCUUCACACUCAUCUAAGCCAAUCUGUGAUACUGUUAAAUUGUUGUUGAAUGAUUUGUUAAUAUAUAUAUAUAUAUAUAUAGUUGCGUGCAAAUUAUUGUCAUCUUCAAAGUGUUUUUAAGUUAACAUAUUGUUUUGUUGUUCAAUAGCAUCAAACUGCUAUAAAUAAAUCUGUGAUGCUGUUAAUCUGCUGUUGAAGAAGUUAUAAGUUGCGUGCCAAUGUUUUUGGUCUCUUAGAAAAGUGUUUUCAAAUUAAUAUAUUCCAUUGUUGUUCAAUAUCUGUGAUACUGUUAAAUUGCUGUAGAACGAGUUGUUAGUAGUUUCGUGCCGAUGUUUUUGUUGUCUUUGAAGUGUUCUUAAGUUAAUAUAUUCCAUUGUUGUUCAAUAGUUCAACACUUCUCUAAGCCAAUCUGUGAUACUGUUAAAUUGCUGUAUUACGAGUUGUUAUUGGUUCCGUGCCAAUGUUUCUCUUCUUCAAAGUGUUUUUAAGUUGACAUAUUCAUUGUCGUUCUAAAGCUGUAGAGUCCACUUGUUAAUACUUGUAUACAUUUAUACUGAUCACAUUGUACUUAACUGUGAUGCUCUUAAUACGACUAUCUGUUUUAAAACUAGGUUGGCGUUGUUUUUCAGAAUCUUUUUGUCAUUAUUGCAAAGUUAAGUGUUUUGAAUGUUUAUUAGGACGAUUGUUAGAUUAUUUGUACUGCUUUCAUCUUGUUCUUGGAGCUGUUAUUUAAACGAUUGUUCUAGUAAAUUAUUCCCUUUUAAGAAUAAGUUAUAAUAUUCAGUAUAUAACCUUCUAAUCUUGUUUCGCUAUUUUGAAUCUUAUGUGACUUGUUUUACCAUCAUUUUCUUUAAAAGUUAGAUUUAUUGAAUAUGUUACCACUUGGGAAAACUUUUUUGUUGAAUAAAACACUAAUGAAA